UCUGCCGGCGCGGCGGUGACGGCGGCCGGGACGAUGCCUGCGCGCAGCCGCCACCGCCCCCGCCUCCACUCCGGCUCCCCGCCCCGGGCUCCGCCCCCGCCGCUUGAGGCGCUGCACUCCGGCGAGGCGGGCAGGGCCCCGGACUCCGACGGCGGCUCGGACGCCGACUCGGAGGUGGGUCCGGGGAGCCCGACUCGGACCGCGGAGGCAGUGGAGGAGGAAAUGGCAGGUCAUAAUCAACUCUGCAUUCGCCGCUGGACUACCAAGCAUGUAGCUGUGUGGCUGAAGGAUGAAGGCUUUUUUGAAUAUGUGGACAUUUUAUGCAAUAAGCACCGACUUGAUGGAAUCACAUUGCUAACAUUGACUGAAUAUGAUCUCCGGUCUCCUCCUCUGGAAAUCAAAGUCUUAGGGGACAUUAAAAGGUUAAUGCUCUCGGUCCGAAAAUUGCAGAAAAUACAUAUUGAUGUUUUAGAAGAGAUGGGCUACAACAGUGACAGUCCCAUGGGUUCCAUGACCCCUUUCAUCAGUGCUCUUCAGAGUACAGACUGGCUCUGUAAUGGGGAGCUUUCCCAUGACUGUGACGGACCCAUCACUGACUUGAAUUCUGAUCAGUACCAGUACAUGAAUGGUAAAAACAAACAUUCUGUUCGAAGAUUGGACCCAGAAUACUGGAAGACUAUACUGAGUUGUAUAUAUGUUUUUAUAGUAUUUGGAUUUACAUCUUUCAUUAUGGUUAUAGUCCAUGAGCGAGUGCCUGACAUGCAGACCUAUCCACCACUCCCAGAUAUAUUCUUAGAUAGCGUUCCUAGAAUCCCAUGGGCCUUUGCCAUGACAGAAGUAUGUGGCAUGAUUCUGUGCUAUAUUUGGCUCCUGGUUCUUCUUCUUCACAAGCACAGGUCAAUACUUCUGCGAAGGCUCUGUAGUCUGAUGGGAACUGUAUUCUUGCUUCGCUGCUUUACCAUGUUUGUGACCUCCCUCUCCGUGCCAGGACAACACCUGCAGUGUACUGGAAAGAUAUAUGGCAGUGUAUGGGAGAAAUUACAUCGAGCCUUUGCCAUUUGGAGUGGCUUUGGUAUGACCCUGACUGGCGUUCACACAUGUGGAGAUUACAUGUUUAGUGGCCACACAGUCGUCCUAACUAUGCUGAAUUUCUUUGUCACUGAAUAUACACCAAGAAGCUGGAAUUUCUUGCACACUUUAUCCUGGGUUCUCAACCUCUUUGGAAUCUUCUUCAUCUUGGCUGCCCAUGAACAUUAUUCCAUUGAUGUGUUUAUUGCUUUUUAUAUAACAACAAGACUCUUUUUGUACUACCAUACUCUGGCCAAUACCAGAGCAUAUCAGCAGAGUAGGAGAGCAAGGAUUUGGUUUCCCAUGUUCUCUUUUUUUGAAUGCAAUGUUAAUGGCACAGUUCCUAAUGAAUAUUGUUGGCCAUUUUCAAAACCAGCAAUAAUGAAAAGACUAAUUGGAUGAAGACUAUCUUUCUAAUGAAUUUGUGACUAAAUAUAUAAUAGUUGUUGAAAAUGAGUAACUUUGCAUUCUCCCCCUAGGUUGUUCCUAGAUGCCUGGCUUAUGUGUUGACAAAGUAAAGUUUUCUGUUCUGAGCAAAGUUAUGAUUAUAAAAAGCAAGCAAGAACAAUCAAGAGUCCUUAUGUAGCUGUUUGAACAGAAAGCUUAAGUAGAUGUUUUCUGCCCCUUCUCUUUAGGAAGACUUAAUGUUGUGAUUGAAGUUAGGCUGUACCCUUACCUGUUGAGUAUUUGCUUAUUGAACUUUAAACAAGUCAACUUGAGCAGUUUGCUGAUUGAGGAAUUUUCAUUGAUUUCCAGUAAGGCUCUGGUCAAGAAAUAAUAUGUUUUGAAGCUACUUAUUAUCUUUAGAAGAAGAAACCCUACCAAGUGAUCAGUACUUGUUCUUUGGACUAAUCUCUGUGUCAGUUUAAAAAUAUGCCACGCUGGGACAUGAUCUGUUUUACUGACAGUUUUUGCCUUCUGAACCAUCUUUUAUGUAUACUGAGCAUACCAGGAUGCCUGAAAUAAGAGGAGAAUGAAAGAGGCCAUAGAUGACGUGACAGAGUACUGGCUAGGAUGCCAUUGGUCUCCUCAUUAAUGCAAAUGUAGAGCUGGCAUUUUUCACCAAAGAUGCAACAAAAGAUGCAGUGCUUGUUUUGUUCUGAGGGUUCAGUGUAACCAUCAGUAAGUAUUCAUGAGGGAAAAAUGGCUGCAUCCAUAAAAAUAAAUGGACUUAAUGUUAGUAGUAUAGGUACCCAGAAUAACUCUGUGCUAUAGUAGAUGACAGUCCAAUUUUAUGCUUCUUUAAUGGUGUUAUUUAAUAAGCCAAAUAGGAGUGUUUUACCAGAUGUUAGAUAAAGUUCUUUUGUCGUUAAGUAGGGAGGUAUGCAUGCAAAGAAUUUUCUCCUGAAAAGAAACUUAUAGCACGCAAAAUACAACUUUUUGGUUUUUGAAAUUUAUCAUUCUUGGCCGUUGGAAGUAAACAGUCUCAGACAUACUUGGAUAUGAAAAAGUUGUGUUGUUUUUUACUUUUAAAUAUAAUGGUGUAUAUACCUUCUUUGUAUUUAGUCUUAAUUUGGCAGUCAGGAAGUGAUAUAACUUAGCUGCUAUUUACAACACUAGAAAUAUAGUACUUUAAGUAAUUUCACCUCUGUGAUAACAUUUGUUACUUUAUUUUUAAUGAUUUUUUACAAUAGUUAUGACAGUAGGAUGGUUAUGGAAUUGGAAUUUAAACCCCAACUAAUGAGCUUAGCUGCUGGGAAUAAUAAUUAGGUUUUACAUUCCAUUUUAAAACAAAAACUUAGAAAAGGUGCUGGCAUUCUGAGGCCUAAAAUUAGGCCGCUUAUCAGAAGCUUGCUCCUUUGUUAUCUGGGUGAAAUAUUUUAUUUUUGCACUUUGAGUCAUAUUUCCACCCCUGUAUAAGCUACAUAGAAGCCCAAAUGAAUUGGGUAGGAAAGGAAAUUAUGCAAACAAGUCUCAGCUAGUGCUGAAGGACCCCAAUUUGUGUCUGCUGUGAACAUUAUUUAUUUCUCACUUGAGAAAUGCUGCGAGGCAGUUCAAGUUUUAUGCUUUUAAAUCUCACACCUCAGAAUCUGAUAUCUUAAAUUGCUGAUUCUGUUACAUGCUAGGAACAAAACGCCAACAUGUAAAGGAGUUGCAUAAUCAUGAAAAGUAAAGGAUGUUUCCUAUGCCAGUUAGAGUGGUUUGACCCUUGAGGUCAAAAGAUGUGUUACUAUUAUUUUUCUAGUGACAGAACAGACUGAAUUUAGCUAGGGAGGCACUGAUGUUGGCUUUUGGGAAAGGGUUCAAAAAACUCUAUGACAACAUUAAUGUUAAAAUGUUAAGCCAAGUGCAGUGGUGCAAGGCUGUAGUGUCCUGGCUUCUGAGGAGGCUGAGGCGGGAGGAUUGCUUGAGGCCAGGAGUUAGGCUGGAGUGUGUUGAGGCUAUGACUAACUACUGCAUUCCAGCCUGGGCAACACAGCAAGACCCAUUCUCUUAAGAACAUGGCCGGGUACAGUGGCUCACGCCUGUAAUCUCAGCACUUUGAAGACCAAGGCAGGCAGAUCACUUGAGGUCAGGAGUUUGAGACCAGACUGGCCAAUAUGACAAAACCUCAUCUCCACUAGAACUACAAAAAUUAGCUAGGCAUGGUGGCACGCACUUGUAAUCCCAGCUACUUGGGAGACUGAGGCAUGAGAAUCGCUUGAACCCAGGUGGAAGUUGCUGUGAGCUGAGAUCACUCCACUGCACUCCAGCCUGGAUGACAGAGCAAGACUCCAUCUCAAAAAAACAAAAAAAAAAAACAAGUUAGACUGGGCGCAGUGGCUCAUGCCUGUAAUCCCAGCACUUUGGGAGGCUGAGGCAGGAGGAUCACUUGAGCUCAGGUAAACGAGACCAGCCUGGGCAACAAAGUGAGACCUCGUCCCCACAAAAAGUUUUUUAGAAAAUUAGCUGGGCAUGGUGGUGCAUGCCUGUGGUCCCAGCUACAUGCGAGGCUAAGGCAGAAGGAUCACUUGAGCCCAAGGAAGCUACAGUGAGCUGUAAUCAUGCCACUGCACUCCAGCCUUGGUGACAGAGUGAGACCCUGUCUCAAUCAAUCAAUAACAAAAAGUUAAAUAGCUAUUAACCUCGGUCUUCUUUCUUUCAUAUAAAUUCUAUUCUAGGACCAAAUAGAAAAAUCAAAUGCAACUAACUUUGCAGAGCUAUUGACAUUGAGAGUACCUAACAACAGACUGCAGUGGGGAUUGUAAAAUAACUGUUCAGCCUUGCACUUGCUCAUAUAUGUUGUGAGAAAAAUGUAAGUUAGGUUUAUAACUUACUGUUUUAACUAUUAUAAGGCAGUGUUUACAUAAAUUAAUCAUCUCUUUCUUGGAAAACAUUGAGACAAAAUUAUUUUCAGUUUUACCUAAACAUGAAACCUAUAUUUUAGUUGCUUUUUGUUUUGUUCAGAAAUUUCCAGAUUUUUUUCUUCAUUUUUUUUUCUGGUUAAAAUCUAAACCACAGUGAAGAUAGUAUUUAUGUUUACAUUUUAUCUGUGAAUGUGGCUAGGCAGAGAAGCUACAUGACUUUGGUCUACAUAUUUUUUGACCUUGUAUUUGGUUCUGUAGUUGCAGACUUGUGAGAGGCUUACAUCAUCACAGAGACUUUAGUAUAGAAGGAACCAAAAGGUUUUUGGUUUGGGGAUGCAAAUUGGAGGUUAUGUUGCAAGUCUUCGAUGCAUUUUCUAUGUUCCUGGGAGCAGUGUUGCCUUUUUUAACCUUUUCCUUUUUUUUUUUUUUAAGACCAGGCAGGGUAGUGUUAUUGAAGGGUAAUUGAAGAGUUGGUAGAGAGUAAGAGGUUUUGAAGGAGACAGGUUUGCUGUUGUCACCAAAUAAUUUGGGGGGAACCUUUUGUGGCUGUGCUGCAAGAAUUAUUUGUGUGGCUAUCCUCUCCAUAGUUCUGUGACCAGAAUUGCUAGGACAAAAAUAGAACUUCUAGCUCUAUUUAUUUGUAUCCUUUGAAAUCAGAAAGUAGUGAACUUAGCCUUAGAACCGGUCAGUUAAAUAAUGCAGGCUAUGCCGGGUGCAGUGGCUCACACCUAUAAUGCCAACACUUUAGGAGGCUGAGGCGGGCAGAUCACAAGGUCAGGAGAUCGAGACCAGCCUGGCCAAUACGGUGAAACUCCAUCUCUACCAAAAAUACAAAAAUUAGCCGGGCAUGGUGGUGCGCGCCCACGCCUGUAGUUCCAGCUACUCGGGAGGCUGAGGCAGAAGAAUCACUUGAACCCAGGAGGCGGAGGUUGCAGUGAGCUGAGAUCGUGCCACUGCACUCCAGCCUGGGCGACAGAGCGAGACUCCGUCUCAAAUAAAUAAAUAAAUUAAUUAAAUUAAAUUAAAUAAUAAUGUGGGCUAUUCAGAAGAAAAAGUCAGUGACUGAGAGACCAGAACCCAUUGGACCAAGAGACCUGCAGGGAAUGUAACUCUUUAGUCUGUGAGCAGUGGUCUUUCAUGCCCUGUCCCUGCCUGUGUGUUUUUACUAAGAAUUCCAGAAAUCCUAUAAUUUGUAAAUGGGAAACAGAGAAGCCAGAUUCUUUUAUAGCUGGUAAGAAACAGUCUGUUUUAGAAACAUCUGUUUGGAAAGUAUUACCCAUGUAUUCACAAAGUCAUAUUUAUAACACUAAUUUGCUUUGACUAUGUUCAACAAAAGGCAGUUUCACCAUUAAUUUCAUAGUAAGCUUUUUUAAAGGAUUCUAGAUCUAAAUUGCCUAAGAAUGUUAACCACAUUCUUGUUUUAAACGCUCUAAUUUAAUAAAUGUAAUUAUUUGAUAGUCUUUUAUAGACUUAGGUUUUCUUCAUAAUAAAGGUAAUGAUAAUAUAGUCAUUUGCCAGUUCUUUAAGGUAUUCAGGCAUUUGAGACAAGAAAGCUCUCUUGUAGAAUAGUCCAAUUGCUUUCUUAAACAGUAUUGGUUUCAUUUAGACAGUUUCUAAGCCAGCAAAGGUGUCCAUUUUAAUGCCAACUUGACAGUUUAACCGUUUGUGUUUGUAAGCGGUUUAGCCUGAAUUACCCCAUACUGCUAUAGAGGAAAAUUGUUAGUAACAUCAAAGGUCGUAAUGCUUCAGGUGAUGAAUAAGAAUGGAAAGAGACUGAGUAGGUUGUUUCUUUUCCCUGUCUUUGAGUAACUCUGAAUGACUAAAAUUAGUAUGAAACUAGGUUUUGGACCCCCCUUCUCACCCCACCCGGAUAUAAUGCCACCAAUUUCAAAUAACUAAAAUGUGACCAAUUACUUUGCUUCAAGUUCUGUACAAAUAUCUCUGAAAUCUGUAAGCCAUAUUUCAGCUAUUCUGGUUUCUAGAAUACAUUCUGUCCUAAAUUAGCCAAAGAACUUUUUAUUCAGUGUAGUUCAUAUUUCAGCAUAAGGAAUGUUUGUGCCUGAUAUGGGAAGAGAAAGAACACUAUGUUAAUUUCAUUGUUGCUUCAGGUCUCUUUCAAUCUGAAGGACUGGGUUGUCUGGAGAAUUGAACAUAGCCAAGCAAUAUUAUCAAUUAGUAAUGUCAUCUUAAAAAUGUUCAGUUUUACUAAGUUUUAUUCAGAGGAUCUAUGUAUUAUUAGAAAAAUGAAGUAUUUCUGAUAUGGAACAAAGAAAGUAGAAACUGGUACUUAAUGGGAGAAGCAAAAUUAGCUUGGACUAAAACGGACAUGUUUUGUUUUGUGAAUUCUACCUAAAUGUCUCUCUAUCCACAGAGAAACUAGUAUUACUUGAAGAUGUGAAAGUUCCUGUGGUAGCCAUACCUUGAAGCACAGUGUUUGUACAUAAGUAAAUAUCUUGAUUCUAAAUUAAAUCCAGAUUUAACUAAUAUAUAUUAUUUUAUAUCCUUGUUGUAUUAAAAUGUUUAAAAACACUAAAAAUAAAACAUUUGAAAGUUGGA